UAAUCUCGGUAUAGAAACACAUCGCAUUGAUUCGACCAGUGACCAGCGGGCUAACGAUCGAUGGAGCAGAGACCUCGUCGUCGUCGUCGAGCUCCACGUCCACCAGCUAUGGACCAAACGCUGACUCCUUCAUCUGCUUCCAGCAUCCAUGUCCCUAAUCCAAGGUCACCCGCAACGGCGAGAGGACGAAUUCGUCAGAGCCUUCUCUAUUCAGAUCGCCCCAGGCGAUCCAGGAUACCUACUUCAGAUAAGCUACCGGUUGAGGAGCAUGCGGAUGAGGUAAGAAGCAGGGAGUUUGAAGCCCUGAAACUUGAUCAAUCACGCCCUACACCUAAGUCAACUCAUAGGCAAGCUGGAAAUGUAACCCAUGUUCGGCAAAGUGUUCUAUAUUCAGGCCGCCUCAGGCGGUCCCGUGGCAGACGAGAACAAGAACCAUCACCGAAUGAGCUACUGGUUGAGAAGAAUGCUGGCAAGGUGAGCGACAUUGAGGGUCCUACAGUUAAGGCUCCACUUUUGCUUAGGGUUAAGGAGGAUGCUAGUGAGGUGCGCAACAGGGAGUUCAAAGCACCGACACUCGGUCAGUCACUUCCUACAUGUAACCCAACUCAAAGGUCCAAGGAAUGGUGUGAUUAUUAUGUUGCCGACGACAGUGAGACUCGCUCAGAAAUUUUUGAGGAGAUGCUCAAAGAUGUAUCAGAGCCUUGGGCACAAACAUGUCGUGAUAUACAUAAGAACUUGGAAGAACAUACAUACACCUGUAUGGUGGAGGCUAUGAUUGCAGCUAAACAUGGCUUUAGCAACCCGGCCCAGCAUAAACUGGAUGCUCAAGCAUUUUUGGCAUCAGAAGGGGCAUUUGUAUCUCCUGAAGUCCCUGAGUCCUUUGCCUCUCCAAGAGAGAAUAUAGCGCAGUAUGUUCUGAUAUGAUUUUCAUAUAAAAUUUUGAAGCAUGCAACAAUUUUAAUGUAUUAUUGCAGGGGUGAAGUGUCUACCGAAGAAAUCAUUAAGAAUGGUAAAAAGUGGAUGGGUGAGGAAGUCAUGCUGGCUUUUGAGAAGUACAAGGAAGGAAAGAGCCAAUUCGAAGACAUGGUGGAUUAUGGCCUAGAUGAGCUUCAACAUUAGUGCUUCAGCAUGGAUAGCGAUGGCCAUACCUUCCAUCACUUCAACUUCACCGUUAAGAUGAAGAAGUCAGACGGCGAUUGGUCAUCCACGCCCUUUUUUGUUGAAGUGAAAGAGAUCUACGGAAGAAAAUAUUAUUCCUGCUACGAACUAAGUUCAUAUGAUGAUGGUCACUGCAACGCAUGCAAAAAUCAAGGAAUGCAUGCACUAAAGCACCCUAUUUAUCUAAUGGGGUAUGCCAGUGGUCAUGCUGAUAUGGAGUUCUCCUUCAUUUAUCUUAGUGAUGACGAAUAAUCUGAUCUCGAGUGGGUGACAGUAUUGGCUUCGAUAGCGGGGAGAAGU